CUGUUCCUCUUUAGAGAAAAAAAAGUGAGCCGAGUGACUCAGUAAGCGAAUGAAAGUUAACAGCCCCACCUUACAGAAACAGCCAAGCCAACAAGGAAGCAAAUUGCGGACUAGUUAACUUUAUUUCUUUUUACUCCCCCCCUCCCCAAGAAAAAACACACACGAGGACUGUCGAUAAAAGUUCAGAUGUUUUUCUUGUUUUUAAAAAAACAGUGGAACCCAUACUUUUGAAAACUCCACUUCCUGAUUGACUUAGAGAGAGAGAGAGAGAGCCUGACAAAAGGUCCAGGCUCAACCAGAACAGGACUUUGAAAGACCACAGGGAGCCAAGCGAGCUGAACUUGACCUACAGCAGAUAUCCCUUACCCGCCAGCCGUGAUUUGUAAAUGCAGGCUGAAUGCCCCAUGUAGUCUGUUGACCUCCCCCGCCGGAUUGAGGCACGUGUGUCGGGGCAGGGUUAAGGGGACCAUCUUACACCUGAGUGAACGCGUCCAGGAGGCAUUGGCAUAAACCAGAGGGAAUGAGCGAUUUCUGGUUGUGUUUUGGCUGCUCGGAGGUUGAGAAGACCCAACCGAAAAAGCGGAAACGUAUCGACAGGAGCAUGAUCGGGGAACCCAUGAACUUCGUGCACUUAACCCACGUCGGGUCCGGAGACAUGGCGAGCCAAGGCUUCUCGAUGCCAGGGUCAGUACAAGAGCGGAUGAAAUCCAAAAGUGGCAUGGUUGCCAAUUCUACUACGGAUUCAAGGCAGAAUGUAGCAAAGAGCCAGUUUUCUUCACAGUGAGCACCUCCUUCAGCAAGUGAUGGGCAGGCAACAAAACCACACUUGAACUCCCUUGAUUACCACAAAAAAAGGGUCUGCUCUUUACAAAAAAGCCACUUCGCAUGGUUUGGACUCCUAUUUUUUAUAUAUAUACUCUCUCUCUCUCUCUCUCUCUCACACACACACGCGGAUCUCCUCUGAUUCAUCCUUUUACAGUUUGUGUCACGCUCGAGAACUCUGUGUGGACGAUUCCUCAUGUGCGCUCCUCCUAAAAGAACACAAGCUCUCUUCAGAACUUCCUGAGGAGGAAGAACACCGGGCUGUUGUGCCUCUCCGAAAUCUCCGCCAAAGCGUUCUUUAAAUCUGCUGUUUUGCUCAGUUCAGCUUAGUCUUCACAACCCCUUGGGUUUGCAGCGCAAGUUAUUGCUUUGUGUGUGUGUGUGUGUGUGUGUGUGUGUGUGUGUGUGUGUGUGGUUUGUGCAGAGUGCAGGGGACAAUUUCUUAUGUUUAAUCUUUUGCCUGGCUGUGUGGAAAAAUUCCACCCAACGUUAUCGGUUUGAAUAAGGAAUAUGGUGAGAUGGGGGCAGGUACUUGAGGUUGGAGGUGACUGGACUUCAGCUUGUAGGAAUAAUCUUUCACUUGCUUCUGUUUGGAUUGUAAUCCUGGUUUGAAAGAAACAAAACCCCUGCCUGGUCUUGAGAAAUGCAAGUCCCCAUGACACACAGUUGACUCCAGGUGUGAGGCGACACCUCUGCAGGCGAGCUGAUCUCGAGACUGUAAUAAGUUUCUAAUGGAGUUCAAUCGUUUCCUCUUCAUAUUUUUUUUCUCUGGGAUUUUUGUUGUGAUCUGAGAGAGGGUUUCUUUUGCUCUUCUUUUGUCUGCACCUGGCUCAGAAGCUGACAUGGCAGUGCAGAUCUUGAAGAGGAGUAAAGUGACGCCAUUUUCUGGUUUUUUCCAUCUAUUGCAGUGUUGGCUGGAAACGUGGUCCCAAAGAUUUGGUUUGUUCUGCAUCAUGAAGCAUUCAUGGAGGAUAGCCUCCCUUGCAGCUCAAGAGGGUAAACUGCACUGCCACAGGGAAGACAGAACCACACAGUCCAGGUUAUCCCCAGCCCAAUUGUUAGACUCAGGAUGGUUAAACCCAAAGGCCCAACUAUAACGCACACUGGAUCAGGCAGGGCACAAAGCACCCUUCUUCUGAUUGCUCUCCGAGAGGCAGAAGUGAUGGACUGGCUUUGAAGUUCUGCCUGACUGCUGCUGUCGUCGAAAGCACUGUUGUGACCUCUUGAGUUGUGCGAGGAGAAAUGGCCUCAGCGAUAAGGAGCAACCCACACAUGAGAUUGCCAUUGUGGCAAAAUGGAGAGAAUUAGAUUUUCUUUAUCAUGUGACCAGUUCCCCUUCCCAACCCCAUGCAAGCUCACGGCUUGUCUAGUUGUUGUAUCAGAGCCCGGAGACCACAGACAGUUUCCAAAUGGUCGUGCUAAUUCCCCCACAGCGCUCGAUGGCAUGCUGAGUCUUAUCGCUUUCAAGAAAGAAAGACAUGGGGGAGUGUGG